AACUCAACGAACUAAUAAUUGCAGGUACUCCAAACUACCCCACUGACACCUACAGUGACAAAGUCGGCUUGGAGAAAUACGACACCUUCCUGAUCUUAACUGCUGGCCGCUUCACCGAAAACGAUCUCCUAUUAGCCCAAAAAGUGAAAUCCAUGAAAAAGUCGUUCUUUUUUGUACGCACCAAGAUCGAUCAGGACGUCAUAAACGAAAGUCGAAAGAAAGCAUUUAAUGAAGAAACAACGUUGAGCGUCAUUAGAAAAGAUUGUUUGGAUAAUUUAGAAGACGUGGGAGCCUACGAUGAAGUGUUAUUUCUCAUUAGCAAUCAUGAUUCCGACAAGUGGGAUUUUGAUCGUCUCACACAGGCCAUUCUGGAUGUCUUGCCGCUUCGUCAAAAGGAAAGUUUAACACUGUCCUUAGACUUGUUAACAAGCCACUCUAAGGAUAUUUUGAAACGAAAGGUUGAAAUACUUCGAGGUAGUUAGAAAGUAUAAAAUAAUUUGGCGUAAAUAAAAAUUUGUUGAUAUUGAGUCGUAGGGCCUUUACAGACUUUACUCUGCCUGUCUCUUCUUUCUUGAUUAAGUGGUGAUAAUAGUACACAUUAGAGAAUAACAAGUUGUUUUCACUCGAAAUUGUAUCGAGAGAAAGGAACAAAUCUGUGACUGAAUCCCUCUCUGUUGUUAAUAUGUUAAUCAUAUUGAAAGGAAGGAUAGUGAACGGAAAGAGUGUAUUUUACAUUUUUACCAAUACUCUAAUUCGUUUCAGGUCGAAUUUGGAUAGUCGCAUCUACUUCCGCUGUUGGCGCCGUCGUUCCACUGCCUGGAGUAUCCAUUGCGUUAGAUCUCGCCCUUUUAACAAAAGAAAUGAAUUUCUACAAAUCUCAGCUCGGCUUACCCGAGGAAAAUUCAUACGAGUUCAAGAGAAUGACUCCACAAAACCAGGAAAAAGUCCGCAAAUUUUGUGUGACAAGUGCGCUUCAAAUGGCAAAUCUUCUGGCAGCUUAUGCAGCAAGUUCCGCAGUUGAAGAAGCUACUCGAUACAUUCCGAUCGUAGGAAGCCUUAUUGCAGGAGGCAUUUCGUUUUCUUCUACCUAUUAUUUCCUCCAUGAAUGCUUGAAGGAAUUGGAAGAAACAGCAAUGGUGUUCCUGGAUGCAACAAGUACAAGAGUUGUGGACAAUUAUGUGAACCAGGUUGACUAGUUUCAGUUGGAAUUGAGAACAUUUACUUUCA